AUGCCUUCCUUGGGCGCACAACAGCCUCCCCAACCGGCUAGCGGUAGCAGCGCUCAUACGCCCGUCGCAUCGUACAUCCCAAGCGGUGUGCACGCCAAUCCUUUGCCUAUGGGAAAGUACUAUCCUUCCAAUUAUGAACAUCGACAACCUUCGCCACAAAUGCACCCUGUCCGACCGUCGGUGGGAAACUCAACAUCGACUAUCAAGUCUGAUCCUCAAAUUCCUACAGUCCGUACUGAAGGACCGUCAGGACACUCGAGGCAAGAGUCUGAGGCCAAGCGCAGAUUGCAGCAGUACCAAAGAGACAUGAUUGCACAGGCGAGUCUUGCCAUCAAUAGUGGAAAUUUGAACGCUGCAGCACUGAAUGCCAUUUCUUUGAGGAAUAUUGGGUUCAGCAGCGCCCCUACGAAACCCAGCAAACCAAACCUGGCUCCCCUCGGAAGCCCAGGGCCAGUCACUCCGUUGGAUUUGGAAACGAACGAUGACGGCUAUCUCGGUGUACGCUUUCGCAAGUCGGAGGAUCAGCAUGCCAGGGACGACAUUAGUUGCGCUCUUCGAGCUGAGGGCCAGAGGCGCCAGAGGGAAAGCGAUCGUUCACCAGCUCUAAGCCCCGUGUUCUGA